UCUCCUCGAUACAAUGGAUGAUAGAUCCAGUAAGCUCAUGUUGGUUCCUAUCCUGGCGGUGCUGUUUGUUAUGAUUGGUUACCAGUACAUAUGUCCCGCAGGCAGCAAUUCGUGCCACUUCAAGACCGGGGAGAAGCUGAAGGGGGUGAGCCUGCUCUCCAGCCAGGACCAGGACACGGAUGAUUUCUACAGGGACCAGGACCUGGAGGACGACAGCCCCGCGAAGCUGCCCUCCAAAUUCAACUUCACCGAGCGGGACCUGGACAGACACGUGGAGUUCAACAUUAAAGGGGACGACGUGAUCGCGUUCCUGCACAUCCAGAAGACCGGGGGCACCACUUUCGGGAGGCACCUGGUGAGGAAUAUUCGCCUGGAGCAGCCGUGCGACUGCAAGCCGGGCCAGAAGAAGUGCACAUGUCACCGGCCGGGCAGAGACGAGUCCUGGCUCUUCUCCCGCUUCUCCACCGGCUGGAGCUGCGGGCUGCACGCAGACUGGACCGAGCUAACGAACUGUGUGCCCGUCAUUAUGGAUAAGAAGGAGGCCCAGAGGAACAAGAGGAACUUCUACUACAUCACCAUGCUGCGCGACCCAGUCUCCCGCUACCUGAGUGAGUGGAAGCAUGUUCAGCGUGGCGCCACAUGGAAGACCGCCCUCCAUAUGUGUGAUGGACGCUCACCCACCCAGGAUGAGCUGCCCACCUGCUACAGCGGGGAUGACUGGUCUGGUGUCACCCUGACAGAGUUCAUGAACUGCCCGUCCAACCUGGCCAACAACCGGCAGGUCCGCAUGCUGGCCGACCUGAGCCUGGUGGGCUGCUACAAUUUGUCCUCGAUGAAUGAGAGCCAGCGGAACCACAUCCUUCUGAGCAGCGCCAUGAGCAACUUGAAGAACAUGGCAUUCUACGGCCUGACGGAAUUUCAGCGCAAGACGCAGUACCUGUUUGAGCGGACGUUCAGUCUGCGUUUCAUCUCCGCUUUCACACAGAUCAACAGCACGCGAGCCGCCAACGUGGACCUGAGCGAGCCCGUGCGCAGACGCAUCGAGGAGCUCAACUUCUUGGACGUGCAGUUGUACGAGUACGCAAAGGACUUGUUCCUCCAGCGUUUCCAGUUCACCCGCCAGAGGGAGCACCAGGAGGUGCGCUUGAAGAGGCGCGAGGAGAGGCGUUGGCUGAGGGAGCAAAGGGAGCAGGGCAGGCCGUGGCAACCCAAACACAGAGGAGGUGGAGACAGAGGCGAGAGAGCGGGAGGAGAUUUUGAGAAAGGGACUGAUGGUGACUUUCCUACCACUACUGAGGACUACACAAGCCAGGUGGCCCGCUGGUGAAGCUUUGGUCCCAUAAAGAGAGAGGAGUAAAAGAGAGAGAGCAGCCAAUGGAGAUUCCUCACAGACUACUUCAAAUAUUUCCUUUGACGCUCUCUUGCACAUCCUAUGUCUCUCUAUUCCCGUCUCACCAUUUAUCUGUCUCCUGCAUCUAUCCGUCUCUCAGCUUCAGUGUGAUCCGAGUGCUCUGCUGUUUCUUUACGAAAACUGCCAAGUCUGUGAGUCUCACAGCAGCUCUGCCUUGGACUGCCUUUUGGUGUCUUAAAUCUUUAAAUGCCGUUUAUAUAUUUUUUGUCAUUUAAUUUUUGCCUUUGUUGUUUUUUCAUU